AUGAAUAUGUUGGAUGAUGAAGAUGACCAAAGCUUUCACGCUACGCGUGACGGCUACUCCCAUUUGAGCGAUGUCGAAUGGGAUGCGGUUGAACGAAUGGGUUCAACCAUGGGCAUCCAUGCUGUUAGCGUCAUGCUAGAGGCUCUCAAUAGAGAUGCCCAACAUGCUACUAUCGCCAAGUUCAUUCAAAAUAAACUUGACGCUGAACGCGAGAAAGUAGCCUUGCUUCACCAACAAGGUUCUCAACAAGCAGAGUUGUUGAGAGAACAAGGUGCUCAACAGUUUGAACUGUUGAGACAGCAGCAGGCUGCUGCUGGCGGGUCGAUGCACUCGCGUCGACCCGAGACUUUGAAGAUUGACAUCUCAAAGGCGCGUCGCAUCGACGACGGGGAUAUGCAAGUUGCAUUUGCCCAGUCAAAUCUGGCAGGACGUGCCAAGACUUGGGCACUGGGGCUCAAGUUGCACGACCCAUAUGCGUUUGGGUCGUUGGAAGUCUUCUAG